AUGCCUCGCUCAACAAGAAAGAUUGUCUGUUUUUCAGACUUCGACGGUACUAUUUUUAUGCAGGAUACCGGCCACAUUCUUUUCGAUAAUCUCGGAUGCGGCACCAAGCGCCGGGAAAUCCUAGAUGAGCAGAUCAAGUCGGGCGAGCGCUCGUUCCGCGAGGUCUCUGAGGAGAUGUGGGGAUCUCUGCGCGUCCCCUUCGAGGAUGGAUUCGAAGUGAUGAAGCAGAACCUCGAGAUCGAUCCUGGUUUUGAGGAGUUUCACCGGUUCUGCCUGGCGAAUAAAAUUGAUUUCAAUGUCAUCAGUGCAGGCUUGAAGCCCAUCUUGCGCAGAGUGCUGGACACUUUUCUGGGCGAACAAGCGUCAUCCAUCCAGAUUGUCGCCAACGAGGUCGACAUCAAAGACGACGGAUCGGCGUGGAAGCCGAUCUGGCGACAUGAUACCGAACUCGGCCAUGACAAGGCCCUGUCGGUCCAGGAAGGCCGUGCCGAGGCCGCCAAGUAUUGCAUUGACGGCCAGAUCCCAUUGAUUGUGUUCAUUGGCGACGGAGUGUCCGAUCUGGCUGCUGCCCGGGAGGCCGAUGUGCUUUUUGCGCGCAAGGGACUCCGCCUGGAGGAGUACUGCCAGGAGAACAAGAUCCCCUACAUUCCCUUCGAGACCUUUGCCGAUAUCAAGCGGGAGAUUGAAGGGCUCAUGAAGGAGGACCAGGAGAAGACUGGAGGCGAGGGCACGCCUGCUCGGUUCAACCCUCGCGCCAACAUGUGGAGACGGGUCUCCAGCAAGCAAUCUGUGCCUCAGUUCAUCGCGGCUACACCAUCAAAGGAAGAAAAGAUGUUCCUUUGGCCAGAGAGCUUCUCCCAGCCAACGGCGAUUCAGGAGAAUGUCCCUGCUUAA